AUGGAGCCCAGGCUAGUCGGCCCCGGGCCCUACCGUGCCACCCGGCUGUGGAACGAGAUAAUAGAACUUUUUCGUGCUGGGAUGCCUUUACGGAAGCAUCGGUCGCGCUUCAAAAGCUAUGAGCGUUGCUUCAAAGCCUCGGAGGCAGUGGACUGUUUACAUGCACUUCUGGGCACUAAUCAAAACUUUGGCCCAGAAGUGACUCGCAGUCAAACAGUUAAGCUGCUUAGAAAGUUCCUGAAAAAUCAUAUUAUUGAAGAUAUUAAAGGAAGAUGGGGCAAAGAGGAUUUUCAGGACAAUGGCCGCCUAUAUAGAUUUCCUCCUUCCUCACCACUGAAGCCAUAUCCAAAGAAACCUUCAUGUGGAAAGGAAGUAAUCAAAUUUCCAGACUGGAAUGAACCAAAGGCUGGCACUUCCCAGGAUCACAUCCCAGUGAAAUUGGUUGCAAUGAACUAUGAGUCAUGGUUUAAGCGUCACAGUAUAGCUAUAGGGGAAGUACCAGCAUGCAAACUUGUGUUCUGCAAAGAACUAACACAAACAAGUAUAGAAGAGAUAUGGAAAUCCAUGAGUUUGUCACGAUUGCAAAAGGUUUUGGGUUUGGAUUCUCUAGAUGAAGUGUUAGACACAAAGCUUGUGAUUUCCAAGCAUAUAGUCCAAAAUGCAUACAAUGUCAAUAAACAAGGCAUCGUCACUUUAGAAGACAAAUCAAAGGAUCUUCCUUACUGGGUGUUAUCAGCAAUGAAAUGUCUAGCAAAUUGGCCCAGCUGCUCAGAGCUGAAGCAGCCUACCUACUCAGGAUUUGAAAGAGAUGUCUUUAAAACUAUAGUGGAUUACUUUGGCCAGAUGAAAGAACCUCUUCUCACAUUUAAUUUUUUUGAUGUUUUUGUUAGUGUGUUAGGUCUGCUGCAAAAACACAGUAAGGCUAUAGAAGCUCUUCAAAUAUCUUGUCUCAUGCUGCCACCAGAAAAUCGGAAAAGACUGCAGCUGUUGGUGAGGAUGAUGUCAAGAAUUAGCUUUAAUAAGGAUUUACCACCUCUUUCUGAAUCAGUGAGGACAAGAACAUUGGUGGUUCAGGCAUUUUCUCGUUGUAUUCUCUGCUCAAAGGAUGAAGUGGACCUGGAUGAACUGCUUGCUGCCAAACUAGUAGUGUUUCUCAUGGACAACUAUCAAGAGAUCUUAAGUGUUCCUUCUGCUUUAAAAUCUUCUAUAGAGGAACAUGUUGCACAUCUCCAGAGAGUCCAGAUAAAAUAUGCUGGAGCUAAUACUGACGCAACUUUUACUCCUCCAUCAUUUUGUCACCAAAUCACUGCAGAGGAAUUUGAAUACCAAAGGGCAACUGGCUCUCAAGAACCAUUAGCAGCUUUAUUAGAGGAAAUUGCAAUGAAUAAAGAAAUAUCUGUGAGAGAUAAGGAGAAGCAGCUCAAGCAAUUUCAGAAAUCUUACCCUGAAGUGUACAGAGUACGAUUUCCAACCCCUGAAACUGAAGCAGUACUACUUCCUGAAAAAAAUAAACAGAAACCACCAGUGCUGAUGUGGGCCUUAAAAAAGCCUUUUCAACCAUUUCACAGAACAAAAAGCUUUCAGAUGUAA